AUGAGGGUGUAUACGCCGCAUGUAUCUGGCAAGUCGGCGCUCCUUUCCAUGGGCUCGCCACAGACUCGCAUGUCUGGGUUCCAGCGCAACUCGGAUUUCGAUCUUGGGACAGAUGCGCAGGGCUUUCCACCCAUUCAUUACGAGAAUGAACAGGGUGGGAACUAUAAUCAGUCCCCAGCAUACAUUCUUCCCAAUGGUCCUUCAGGGAUGCUGGACUACGAAACAUCACCAUGGGGCUCUAAGAACUGGGAUAAUGUGUUGAACGUCAACAGACCCGGUAAUGGGGGCAUCUAUUCUGACACCGAUACAAAUGGCUCUAUGGGACAAUCUCCAUACAACUACAUGCUUCAAAGUCAAGGCAUUCCCUCCCAUGAAAUUCCUCAAACUACCGCUGCUGCCAUGAAUAUGGUCUCUGUCUCAGAAGUUCCAGGGUCAGACCGAACACUCCCCACGCCUACUAGUCGGUCACAGCAGGUCCCAGGCAACGCAUCGGCCAUGAAAGUCUUUGCAGAAGGCAUGCCCGGACUCUCCGUUCCGUCCGACUUCAAAGGAUCCUUCUGGAACCAAAGAUGUGCAGACCAAAACCAAAGAACCCAUACAGUUCCCAGCAACGCGCCAUUCCCUAGCAGCACAUCCCAAUCUACAAAAUGUAACAGCAACAGCAACAACGCUGCCCCCGAGCUUAUCUUCCCUUACCUACCACUCUCUUCCUCUACAACCGACGAUUCCUCUCCAUCUCUAUCAUCUGCAGUCCCAGCAUCCUCUACAACUAGCAGCAGCAGCACCUCAUAUGCCGGACUAUCAAUGGAAACCAGUCUCGACAGCCCAUCUCAAGACUACCGAACCCUACCAAGCGACACUCGCCUAACACGCAGCUUUUCUCGAGACGAAAGCACCACCAACCAACGCCUCCUCACCUUAUCCAAUGAAUGCUCGCCAGAUAUCUACGGCUACAGCAGUACCGAGAAGAGCAGCAAAGCCCGAUCCGAAGAAUCAGGAUGCUCUGCAACUCUCAUGAGCGGACUACCCUACAUCAGAGUUCGAUAUGCCGACCCCCCAAACAACAUGUUUCCAUGCGGUUUGCUCCCGGAUAAUAUACAAGAGUACCACCACCGUGGUGUAGCUGGGAACACGCACCGACCUCCCGUCUCGCCGCUAGGCAAUCAAGGUGCUUACUAG